AUGGAACACUUGAUGAGUUCACCUCCCCAUGAAAUCCCACUGCCACCCCCAGGCCAAGACGAGACCCUCGGAGGCAUCGAAGAAUCUCCCCACCCGAAUGGGUUCCAUCAUCAGCAAAGCACAUCCCUCGACCAAGGGCUAGCUCAAAGUCCACGACAAGAAGACCCGUCUACCAGAUAUACUCCCCCCGUUCAAACCGCACCGCCAAUUUCCCGCCCAGCCAGUGGCUUGUCCAACCCCGCACACCAAGCCUACAACGACUAUCGACAGGGUUCUGGUGAGCCAUCAUCCAACGGUCGAAACCACGUUGUCAUCAAGGUCGGAAUGGUUGGCGAUGCGCAGAUCGGCAAGACGUCGUUGAUGGUCAAGUACGUCGAAGGGAGCUGGGAUGAGGAUUAUAUCCAGACGCUGGGUGUCAAUUUCAUGGAAAAGACAAUCUCCAUCCGUAACACGGAAAUCACCUUUUCGAUCUGGGAUCUCGGUGGUCAGCGAGAGUUUGUCAACAUGCUGCCUCUCGUGUGCAACGAUGCAGUUGCUAUCCUCUUCAUGUUUGAUCUCACCCGCAAGAGUACAUUGAAUAGCAUCAAGGAGUGGUAUCGACAGGGACGCGGGUUCAACAAGACGGCCAUCCCGAUUCUCGUCGGUACAAAGUACGACCACUUCGUCAACUUUCCUCCCCAAGAUCAAGAAGAAAUCUCAAAUCAGGUACGAGCGCAGCGAGGAAGAGCCCUCCGCUAG